AUGGGCCGUGGUGGAAGAAUACCUGUGGAACUUAUUGAGAAUGAGAAGACUCGCAGGACAACAUUCCGGAAGAGAAGAGACAGUCUGAUGAAGAAAUUGGAGGAGUUUUCCAUUCUUUGUGAUGUUGAUGUUUGUUUAAUUAUGUAUGCUGAAGAAUUUGCUGAGCCAAAAACAUGGCCUCUAGAAGACACAAAGGUUCAACGUAUCAUUCAAAAAUACUGUAACAUAACUAAUGAUAAGCGUCCUAAGAUCUAUGAUGUGCAUGAGUACUAUAAGGAUAAGGUGAAAAAAAUUGAAGCUGAGAUUUCCAAAGUGCACAAGGAGAAGCACAAGAUCUUGUACCCAACUUGGGAUGACUCUUUCAAUCAUCAUGGAGAGGAGCAAUUGAGGACGUUUGUUAGCAAGUUGGAUGCUAAGCUUGAUGCUUGUAAUCAAAGGAUAAAUAUCCUAAAAGGAGGUCAUGAUCUUGGGGGAAAAGAAAAAGCAGAGUAUCAUAUGUUUGGAGAGACUGUCACAGUUUCCCCAACCGGCUAUGAUACACAGGUUACUCCUCCACCCUACUUAGCCUCAAAUCCUAUGAACCAACUCAAUGGUCUCAUGAUGCAAAACAUGUCUCAAGCCCAAGUUUUCCCUCCUCAUCCUAUGAAUAUGAUGAAGGCAAACAAUGAUAAAAACCAGGUAGCAUUUUUCCCGUCAUUUAAUGACUUUGGCCAGAGUUCUCAACCACCACCUUCCUUGCUACAUUUUGGUCAAAAUGGAAGGGUGGAUUGGGCUAAUCAAGUUGGUGCUCUUUCUUAUGAUCCCACAACUGGUAUGAACAAUGAUAAAAACCAGUUAGCAUGCUUCCCAUCAUUUAAUGACUUUGGCCAGAGUCCUCAACCAUCACCUUCCUUGCUUAACUUUGAUCAAAAUGGAACGGUGGGUUGGGAUAAUCAAGUUGGUGCUCUUGCUUAUGAUUCCACAACUGGUAUGCUUAUAAAUAGAGGUGGAGCUGGAAAUAAUCAAAACUUGUCACAAUGCUAUUACAAUGGAAAUAUGCAGAGAAUGCAGCAGCCAUAUAGUAUUGGUAAUUUGCAUACUCAAUAUCCUUCUCCCGCUUUUAUGUCAGAUGUACCACCUGGGUUCCAACCUAAAGGAUUCUGUCAUACAAAUGUGGUUCAGGCUCAUAUGUUCAGCCACAUGCAUGGAUUUGGAAGGAAGUAG